GUUUUAUUCAAAAUCUUGAACCUUGUACUUUUUGAUUUUCAAAAUCUUGAAUUUUAUUCUCUGUUUACUAAUUAUCAUCAUCAUCGAUAUGCAUCCGAAAUCUUCCCACAUGUGCAUAUAUAUGUUUUGAAAACAAAUUUUUUCCUUUCUACAGAUAGUUUGUUGAUUAAUUUAUCAUAUCACAUUUCUAUAGUCUUCAUCAUCAUCAUCAUCAUCAUCAUACGAACUAAAAUUCUAUCAAUGUAAAUGGUGGAAUGAAAUAUGUGAUGGAUGAUGAUGAUCAUUAUUCAUUUUGACAUUUAAAUGUCAAUCAUAAUUUUUUUUUACGUUGAAAGAAUUCAUUCAUUCAUUUAUUUUUAGAGAAAUCAUUUUCCAUUUUAAUUACAAAUAAAUACACAUUAAUCAAACAUACACACACACACACACUCACGAUGGGUGGACGUAUGUCGUCCUCGUUGAAUGAUAUACAUAAUUCUUGUGAUGAUGAUAUGAAUCCAUCGAUAAUGAAAAGUGAAUCAGCUGCAUCAACACCAACAGCAACAACAAUGAUGAUGCAUAAUAAUGGUUUAUCACCAUCGAUAUCACUUCAACAGCAUCAAUUAUCAUCAUCAUCAUAUAAAUCUAAAUCAAUGAAAUCAUCGAUUGGUUCACCAACGAAUAAAAAACAACAACAACAACGAAAUAAAUUUAGUAAAGGAAUUAGUUUGGAUCAUACAAAUUAUCAACCAACAGCCAAUAUGUCAAUGUUAUUAUCAACAAGUGAUAUUGAAAGACCGGAAAAAAAUGAAUUGGAACGUAGAUUUCAAAAAGUUCUCACAUCAAUGGAUUUACCACCGGAUAAAGCAAAAUUAUUACGUAGCUAUGAUGAUGAACGUAAAUGGGAAUUGAUACGUGAUCAAGGAAAAAUUACCGCAAGACAAUCACCACAGGAUUAUCUAGAUAAAUUGCAAACUUAUCUGGAUCCAAAAGCGUCGAAAAAUUCUAAAAAAAUUCGUCAACUUGGUGGCGUUACAUCUACACAAGUACUUCGUGAUCUUGAAAUUUCCUUACGAACAAAUUCAAUUGAAUGGGUUCGAGAUUUUCUUUCCGAGAAUCAUCGUGGUCUAGAUAUUCUUAUUGAAUAUCUAAAAUUUCGUCUUCAAACACAAAAACAAGAACAAUGGCGUGAAUAUCAUCAAGAUGCCACCAAUAGUAAUCAACAUUAUUCCAAUAAUAAUGGAACAAUUAAAACAACAUAUAGUUCUACAUCGACAGCCAAUCUUAAUUCAAGUCAGGAAAGUUUUCCAUCUUCAAUUGCUGCAAAUCAAUCGAAUGGCUCGAUCAGUAGCCAUACGCUACAACGUAGACCAUCAUUCCUAUUCUCACGACAACAUUCAACCAAAGUCAAAUUGGGACAAGUUGGUGAUGAUGUACAUGUCUGUAUAAUGUGUAUGCGUGCCAUUAUGAAUAACAAAUUUGGUUUCAAUUUGGUUAUGGAACAUAAAUCAGCAAUCAAUUGUAUUGCCAUAUCGAUGACACAUAAAUCAUUACGUACAAAAUCGCUAGUUUUAGAAUUACUAGCUGCCAUUUGUCUGGUUAAAGGUGGUCAUCAAAUGAUACUCGCUGCAUUCGAUAAUUUUAAAGAAGAAAUUGGCGAAAAACGUCGAUUCCAAACAUUGAUGCAUUAUUUUAUGAAUUACGAACAAUUUAAUAUUGAUUUUAUGGUCGCCUGUAUGCAAUUCAUCAAUAUUAUUGUCCAUUCGGUUGAAGAUAUGAAUUUUCGUGUUCAUUUGCAAUAUGAAUUCACACAGCUUGGUCUUGAUAAUUAUCUAGAGAAUAAAUUGCGCAAUAUGGAAUCCGAUGAUUUACUUGUACAGAUUCAAGCCUAUUUGGACAAUGUAUUUGAUGUGGCUGCAUUAAUGGAAGAUGCUGAACAGAAAAAUGUAGCCCUGGAACAAUGUCAACAAUUGAUACAACAAGUGGCCAAUGCACAUGAAGCCGAACGUGAUUGGGAAUCAAAAUUUCAUGAACUUAAACAUGAAUAUGAUUCAUUGGAAAAAGAUCGUUUAGAUUUGGCCGAAUUGAAUCAACAUAUGAAUGAUGAGCUAACAAGGCUAAAACAAUCCGUAUGUGAAUUGGAAGAAUCACGACGUCGUGAAUCAUUGCUUGAAUCUCGAAUCAAUGAAUUAAAACGAAUGUCAACCAGUGGUGGUGGUGAUAUCGAUUCCAACCUAGUCAAUAGUGAUACUACAACCGGUUCCAAAAUUUCAUCCACACUAUCAUCAUCAUCAUCAACAACAACAGCAGCAACAGUGCCUCAAAGUCCACAACCAUCAUUAACAGUUCCUCCGCCACCACCACCACCACCACCUCCGCCUCCGCCACCAUCAAUCAGUAUGGUGCCACCACCACCACCUCCACCGCCUCCAAUGGCUUCCGGUGCAUUCGGAUCAUCAACAAACGAUUCAUCGAAUAUGUUGAUGACUUUAAAGCGAACUUACCAGACAAAAUAUAAAUUACCUACAUUCAAUUGGGUACCGUUAAAACCAAAUCAAGUAAAAGGAACGAUAUUCAAUGAUUUUCAUGAUGAGGAAACCAUACUUAAAACGAUUAAUUUUGAUGAUUUUGAAGAACAAUUCAAGUUGGGUAUUAAAUCGUUUGGUGGUAAAAAAGGUGGUCUUAUCGGUCAAGAUCAACGAGAUUCUUCGGGCAUGGCUAAUGGUAUUGGCAACAACAACACCGGUGGUGAUGUAUCGAAACGUUUUAAAGUACCGGAAAAAGUUUCGCUUUUGCAACAUAAUCGUCUUAGGAAUAUGGCCAUUUCGAUGCGUAAAAUUGAUCUCGAUACCGAAACGGUAGUGAAAGCAAUACAUUCAUUUGAUACAAACAUAUUAUCUAUGGAUUAUACCGAAGUUUUGUUGCGAAUGAUACCACAACCAGAAGAAACCAAAUCUUAUCGUGAAUAUGAACGACAAGGCAGAUUAAUUGAUGAGAUGAAUGAUGUGGAUAAAUUCCUAUUGCAAAUAUCCAAAGUUGAACGUUUGGAACCUAAAUUAAGAAUAAUGUUCUAUAUGAACAAUAUUAAUUUGCCCGUCGAUUCACCAGCUUUCAAUCAUAAACCUGGAUCAGGUGGUGGUGAUGGUGAUGCUACAAUGGUCAUAACAAUUAUAACGCAAUAUAUGCAACGAAUAAAAACGAUUCGUGAAGCAGCCAUAGCUAUACGAACAUCACCCGGUGUAAGAGAAAUACUUGAAUACAUUCUUGUUUUCGGUAAUUAUCUGAAUUGUUCAACACGUACAUUGGCUACAGCACCAGCAUAUGGUUUUAAAUUACAAACACUUGAUCUGAUUACUGAAACAAAAUCAUCUGUUGAUCGAUCACGUUCAUUGUUACAUUAUCUUGUUGAUGUUAUAUUGGUCAAAGAAAAACCAGGCGGUAAUCAUUCUGGUCCUAGUAAAUCUGAAGUUUUAGCCACUGCUUUAGCUAUACGUCCAUUAUUGAUUAGUAAUCGUUCACAACAUCAAUUGACUGGUGGUAAUUCUGAUGCCAGUGUUUUGGAGAACAUUAAAAUGCCUUAUGAUUUUGAUCACCUGUUGCAGAUAAUCGAACGUGCAACAUCAGUUUCCCUUGAAACUUGUGUAGCCGAAGUACUUGAAAUAGAAAAAGGAAUGGAAUUAUGUAGAAAUGAAUUACAGCUUCGAAAUCAAGGUGGUCUUGCAUCAAGUCCAGCAACUAAAAUUCUACAACAAUUCAUACAGCAAAAAGGACCCGAAGUUUCUGGACUCAAAGAUGAAUUACGAAAAACUCAACAACAAUACAAUGAAUGUGUGGAAUAUUUUGGUGAAAAUCCUAAAAUGUUGGAAUCAUCCAAUCAAUUAUUCGGUACUUUUGUUCGUUUCCUAAAGAAUUUCAAACAAUGUCAAUUAGAUAAUCUGAUGGCACAACGUAAACGUAUCGAAGAAGAAUUGCGUCGACAAAUUCUAGCCAAACAACAACAACGUAUGAUGCAACAACAACAGAAUAAUAGUAAUGGUGGCAGCCAAUCAGAUCAAUCCGGUAACCAUAAUCAACAAGGACAAGCAACUAGUGAUAAUCAAAAAGUUAAGGAAAAACGUCUACUCAAACAGGAUGAAGUUUAUAAUGGUGCUUUAGAAGACAUACUUUCAGGCCUAAAAAAUGAACCAUUUAGACGUGCAGAUGCUGUACGACGAAGUCAACGUAGACGCCAAGCUAAUAUGACUACGAAUGAAAUGCAAGAUAAUAAUGUAUGAUAUUUGUUUCUUUGAAAAAAAUACUCGUCAUAUAUGCCGAUCAAUUAUCAAGAUGUAUUAGUUUUUGAUGAUUAAAAAAAAUCAAUGUUGAAACGAAUUGCUCAAUUAUCAUCACCGAAAAUGACUGAAUUCCAU